CCAUUUCAAAACAAGAUUCACGUACCUCCAAGAAAGAUACUGCGUCUACAAGCAAAAAAGCACUCACGUCCUCAAAUAAAAAAAAUACGCCUACAGUCAAGAAUAACAGAACUCAUAAUGAUCAGAACAAAAUUAACAAGAGGCAUGAACUUGAAAACAAUUUUAAUAAAGUACUUAUGAGCAGCAAUGCUGAAGACUCUCAAAUGCAACACUCAAAUUCUCGGUCAUUGAGCUCUCGAUCUCAAUCAAGAUCAAGAUAUUCUUUGCCAAGACAUUCUCAUUCUCGUUCACGAUAUUCUUCUUUGCAAGAUUAUGAAGUAGCAGCAUACGUUGCUGAACGACCGAAACUUUUAAAAAUUGCAAAUCAAAUAGCUUAUUAUGAUGGUUUUAAACUGUCAGACAAUGAAAAAAAAACUAUGGUUCUUACUUAA